CUUCAUUUCCGGGUGAAACUGGCAUUGAGGGUACUGGGUCGUGCGUGAGGCGUUUGCUGAUGCUUCCUGGUCCGGUGGCCUCGGUCCCGGUAAGCCAGUCAUGAAGAUCACAAGGCAGAAACAUGCCAAGAAGCAUCUUGGCUUCUUCCGCAAUAAUUUCGGAGUCCGCGAGCCGUACCAGAUCCUGCUGGACGGCACCUUCUGUCAGGCGGCGCUGCGGGGCCGCAUCCAGCUGCGGGAGCAGCUGCCCCGCUACCUCAUGGGGGAGACACAGCUGUGCACCACAAGGUGUGUGUUAAAAGAGUUAGAAACGUUGGGAAACGACUUAUAUGGGGCAAAAUUGAUUGCACAAAAAUGCCAAGUUCGAAAUUGUCCUCAUUUCAAGAAUGCAGUGAGCGGAUCGGAAUGUCUGCUUUCCAUGGUUGAAGAGGGAAAUCCUCAUCAUUAUUUUGUGGCAACACAGGAUCAGAAUUUGUCUAUGAAAGUAAAGAAGGAGCCUGGAGUUCCUCUCAUGUUUAUUAUUCAGAACACUAUGGUUUUGGACAAACCUUCUCCCAAAACAAUUGCCUUUGUAAAAGCGGUGGAGUCGGGUCAGCUUGUCUCAGUGCAUGAGAAAGAAAGUAUCAAACAUCUCAAAGAGGAACAGGGUUUAGUAAAAAACCCUGAACAGAGAAGAAGAAAAAAGCGCAAGAAAAUAAGUGGUCCCAAUCCUCUUAGCUGUUUGAAGAAAAAGAAAAAGGCACCAGACACACAGUCAUCUGCUUCUGAAAAGAAAAGAAAAAGAAUAAGAAUUCGGAACAGAUCUAACUCAAAAGUACUUUCUGAGAAGCAGAAUGCAGGAGAAUGAAUGCUUUGGAUACUUUUAAGGACAUUCAAGUGUGAAAAUGAAUUUUUUACAACUAGAAGUAUUUGUGUUUUUUUUUUUUUUUUUU